UCUUGCAGAUCCUUCUCUCCAAAGUUCAAUGCUGUGGAUGGUGCUGUGGACAGGACAAGCUUUGAAGGAAGCUACAAAGUGGAAAAUGGAAAACCACUAAAUCCUUGUGGACGGACUGGUUUGACUGGAAGAGGUCUUCUUGGACUGUGGGGGCCCAAUCAUGCUGCUGAUCCUAUCGUCACAAGAUGGAAGCUGGAUGCCAGUGGAGCUAAGGUUCUUCACUCAGCCUCCAAAAAGCCAAUCCUACAGUUUGUGUCCAUCAAGAGGAAAGACUGUGGAGAGUGGGCCAUUCCAGGGGGAAUGGUAGACCCAGGGGAGCAGGUUUCCCUCACGUUGCAGCGGGAGUUCUCGGAGGAAGCCCUGAACUCGCUUUCCUUCAAAGAGUCUGAGAGAAAAGCAAUCCAUCAACGUAUCAAAAAACUUUUUGAGGCACCUGGGUUUCAGGUCUACAAAGGCUAUGUUGACGACCCAAGAAACACUGACAAUGCCUGGAUGGAGACAGUUGCCGUCAACUUUCACGAUGAAGCAGGAAACAGUGUGAGCGAGCUGCCCCUGCAAGCUGGAGAUGACGCAGGACAGGUCCAGUGGGUGGACGUGGACUCGUCCUUCGCUCUCUAUGCGAGCCACUCCCACUUCCUGGAGCUGGUUGCCAGAGAGAGGAAGGCCCACUGGUAAUCAAAGGACAAAAGGCUGUUCUGAUCGAACAAUGAGGCAAAGCAGAGCCUGAACAGCACUUGUCCAUUCAUCCAGAGUGACCCCUAAUGGGAAUAUUUAAUAUAUUCAUAAAAUCUAUCUAACCAGACAGCAUGAUGAGGAAAAAAAUGCAAAAAAGGAAUAGAAAUGCAAUCCAACUUUAAUCUUUAAAUAAGGUGUAUUAUGUUCAUGUGCAUCUAUGACAAACUGCCUUGCAAAGGAUUUAAAAUGUCACAUUAAGGAGUAUUUUCAUUUUUAUUGCGUCUGAAAAAAUAUGUAUGCAUUGUGCCUUAAAAACAUUUAGUAACUGCUUGAGCUUUUUCAUUUCACUGUGAAGUGGAAGGGAAAGAAUGCUUUGUUCAAAGAAUUCUUACAAAUAAAAACCUGAAUAUUGUUUUGUGAUUUUAUGCCCUGUUCCACAGCUUCUCAGAAGCCCAUUUUUAGGGCCUAUCAAGCCUUAGAUAUGGUCAAAAUGUUCCUUACUAGGUCUUAAAUGAUCUUUGGUUACACCUUAAUGCAGUGGCAGCUGGUGGAGUUUUCUCUAGGGGGGGUACAAAUUCAAAAUGUAUGUAUAGCAAAAAACUAUUCUAAGUUAACACACCAGUAUAUUUAUAUGAAUGCCAACAACAAAAAACUCUAUAAAAUGAAAACAUAAUUACAUGUACAGGUUUACUUUUUGUACAUAAAUGUACU